AUGCGAAGCGUAGCGCUUACUGUCGUCGCUCUUGCUGCCUCUGGUGCUCUCGCACAGGCAGAAGAUGCGAAACCCACAUUCACUCCCACCGAAAUCAAGGCACCUUUUAUCGAACAGUUUACCGAAGACUGGUCUGAACGUUGGACACCCUCAGAGGCUACCAAAAAGACCCCAGUCGGCGGCGAAACAUUUAGUUAUGUCGGUGAAUGGAAAGUUGAAGAACCUUUGAUUCAGAUCAUAGAGGGUGACGUCGGCUUGGUUGCAAAAAGCAAAGCUGCUCAUCAUGCAAUUUCUGCACCUUUUGCCGAGCCGGUAGACUUCAAGGAGAAACCGCUCGUGGUCCAGUAUGAGGUCAAAUACCAGAAGGGUGGUAAUUGCGGUGGUGGUUACCUCAAGCUUUUGGAGGAUGGUUUCCAGACGAGUGGAAAGGAGUUCUCUGAUACUACGCCAUGGGUCAUCAUGUUCGGUCCUGAUUUGACGUGUCCUGGAACCAAGAUUCACUUCAUUUUCCGUCACCAGAACCCCAAGACUGGUGUGUUCGAGGAGAAACAUCUUAAGGCUUCCCCCAAGCCCUCUAUCGAGAAGCUCGCCGGUUUAUACACUCUCAUCGUCAACCCCGACAACACCUACGAAAUUCUUAUUAAUAACGAGAGUCUCAAAUCCGGAAAUCUUCUCGAGGACUUCGACCCAGCAGUUAACCCUCCUGCUGAGAUUGAUGACCCCGAAGACAAGAAACCCGAGGAUUGGGUCGACACGAAGAGGAUCUCCGACCCGGAUGCCAGCAAGCCCGAAGACUGGGAUGAAGAAGCUCCUUACGAAAUCGUUGACACCGAAGCUGAGAAGCCCGAAGGCUGGCUUGAUGAUGAACCAUUAAUCAUUCCCGACCCGGACGCUGAGAAGCCCGAAGAAUGGGACGAUGAGGAAGACGGUGACUGGAUUGCCCCUACUGUUUCCAACCCUAAGUGUGCUGAGGCACCUGGUUGCGGUGAAUGGAAGCCUCCGAUGAAGGCCAACCCCGCUUACAAGGGUAAAUGGUACGCCCCCAUGAUCGAUAACCCCGAUUACAAGGGCGAGUGGGCUCCUCGCAAGAUUGCCAACCCUGACUUUUUCGAGGACCUCACACCUGUCCGCUCUCUAUCCAAGAUUGGUGGCGUUGGUAUCGAAUUAUGGACUAUGACUGAGGAUAUCCUGUUCGACAACAUCUAUGUCGGUCACUCAACCGAUGACGCCAAGGCUCUUGCCGCUGAGACCUUCGACAUCAAGAAGUCACUUGAGAAAGCCAAGAAAGCCACCGAUGACGAUGAGGAGGAGGAGGAGGAAUCAUUCCGUGAAGACCCCAUUGGGUUCAUUCGCAGCAAGAUCUUCACCUUCAUUGACCUUCUCAAGCUUGACCCAUUGUUGGCGUUCAAGACCCACCCUGAGACUGGUGUCGCUCUCGUUACUGCUCUCCUCACUCUCUUCGGUAUGUUCGGUGUCGUCACUGGUGUUGUCGGUAGCCAGCAAAAACCUGUUACGAAGAAAGUUGAUGCUCCCAAGUCAGACGAAAAGAAGAAGACUGAAGCCGCACCCGUCAGUGACGAGAAGAAAGACGAAGGGCUCAAGAAGCGUGCAGGAAAGUAG